AAUCAUAUAUUGUAGAUGUAAGAAAAUCAGGAAUCGAAAAAUUGUCCCAACACACAUCUGAUGUUUUUUAUUAUUUUUUAUUAUUAUUAUUAUUAUUAUAUAUUAUCAUUAUUAUUAUUUUCUACUUUUUAGUUAAUAAACACUGUUUAUAUUCAGCUUUACACAUUGUUAAGUUGUCAAUUUUAAGUUUUGCUUCGUCUCCUGUGAUGAUCACGGUGUAGUCUUUUAAAGUUAGUAUACUGAUUAGGACCAAUCAUUACCAUCAUUCAUUCAACGCAGAAUUAUCUUUCUUUUCGUGUCUUUAUUUUUGUUUUACUAUGUUAUAUAGAAUAAAACUUUACACAGUUUGAUUCAUUAGCUCUUCACUUCUGAAAUGCCACGGAGACAAAACGUGUUUUUUAACAAACUGUCGUCUAGAACGGUUGUUUCAAUAUCACUUACAUUUUUUUAUCUUUUAGCUCAUCAAAACAUUGUUCAGGAUGAAUUGUUAUUAUAGCUGGAUGGGCCGGUGUCCCUCGUCUAUCGUUCUGCGACCUGCGUCAAUACCUUUCCUUAAACAUCACUUCCGGUCAGAAUUACACCAAGCUUGGUUUGUAGCAUCCUGAUAUCGACAUCUUUCAAGAUUUUUUUUUUCAAAUGGUUUCGCUUGAAAAAGGAAACAAUAACUUCUUCCCAUAAACCACUUGAAACAUUUUCACCAAACUUGGUCUGCAGCAUCGUUGGAUGGGACUCUCUCAGUUUUACUCAAAUGGUUUGGCUUGCCCCCUUUAAGGAGCUGCCAAGGCGAACAAUAGAUCUAAGCACUUCUAAUGGUCGUCUUAUAAAGUGCCUGAUAAACCUUCAUCUAAACAAUGUCUACAGCAUGCAUACUUUUAAAUGUGUUAAAACUUUUCAGAUGGUCCCACUUAGCCUCUUAAUUAGGGUAACCAGAGCUAAAAACAGAAAAGAAUCAAUUUCUUCUUAUAAACCUCUGAACGAAUCUUCAUCUAACAUGUUUUAUACAGGAGUUUUCCUUCCAUGCACGCUCUACUUUUGUUUAAAUGUUGUUUUUUUUACACAUUUUAGAGGCUGCCAACACUAGAAAUAGGAACAAUCUUUAAUUACUUCUCUCACAUGAUCUUCACUGAACUUGGUGAAUAGCAUCCUAGGCUAGAACAAUUUUAUUCAAAUGUUUCCGCUUGAGUGCAGAUAGGGGACCUCUGACUAUGAAAAAAACUUCUUCUAAAGAAUUUGAUCUGUAACGUCCUUGGUUUGACCAUUUCCGUGUAAACAGUCACAUACUGGUCCAUGUAAACAGUCACAUACUGGGAUUUUACAGCAAAAACAAAUAAUACAAAAGCUUUAAGAAGCUUUCAAUGAGGCCCUUAAUUGAUGUUCAGCAAAUUUUGACAGAAGCGAGGUUUUGACAGGUCCUCUGCUCAUGUGAGCGACUUGGUCCAUUUGAAUAUAUUUCUUUCAUCUUGUUCAUGUUAUGUAGUCCAUAUUUUAUGAAACAUUUAAAAAUUAGUACAUGUGUUACUUUUGAUACCAUGCAUCUGUAACUAAGUUGAAAUUUAAUUCGGACAUUUUCGGAUUUUUAAACAGAACAUUAAUCCGUUAAACUUGAAAUCUGAAAAUAUAUUUUAUGUUUUAUUUUUCAUUUCUUAUGUUUGGAUUAUUUGUGAUAGUUCAAGCUUCAGACAUUUACCAACGUUACUCGUGUACAUGCACACACUACCCAAAUACGUGCCAACACUUAGGUUACUACCCAUAUAUGUGCCCACACUUCCCAGAUAUAUGCCCACACUAUCCACACAUAUGCCCACACUACCCAGAUAUUUUCCCACAUUACCCAGAUAUGUGCCCACACUACCCAGAUGUAUGCCAAAAAACGGCAUGAAUUGUGUCAUAUUUUAACCUACUAAAUUUUUAAAGGAAAAGACCGGUUACUUCAGUAGUUCCGAAGUGUGGUCAAGAUUUUACUUGUUCGCAUGUAUUACAUACUGGCUUAUAUGAGCUUACAUUUUUCAUUCUGUAUACAUGUUCGAACUAUAGCAUUAUAACCAUGUGCCUUUGUUGUGAAUAUAGGUAAAGUGUAAAAUGAUAGACGUUCUGGGUUCUGAGACAGGCUUUUAUUUGGUAUAAUAGUACGGAUAUAUGCACGGAUCGGCUAUACAACGGCAGGGCAUUUCAGGACCAAGCAAGACUUGUCCAUUUCCUACCUGCAGGGCAUUUCAGGACCCAGCAAGACUUGUUCAUUUCCUACCUGAAUUAUAAGACAACCUUACUUAGGAACAAAUACUGAAUUUGUUUUAAUUACAGUUACACGAUCAUGUGAUGAUUCUAGACUUGUAAAGGUCAUUCCUUUGUAUUGGUUAACUUGUGUACCUGAAUCGUAUAUGUAGACGUAUUCGGAGCCACAUCACUAGAAACUAUUCGAAUAAACUGCACAUUUCCAAGCCUGUUCAUGCUUGGCUUCUCUGUUCAGCUUAUGCUAUGUUACAGGCACAGGUGAAGCUAGCUGGGUCACUGUGUCCAGGUUACGGUGUGUCACAAGGGCAGUUCAUACUUGGUCUCUGGAUAGGUUAUGAUGUGCCUCAAGGGACGGCUGAAUCUGUUUAUAAAGUGCAACAGGGACAGUUUUAGCUGGGUUUCUGUGUUCAGAUUAUCUUGUACAGUCUGGGGGCAGUAUAUUAUGCCACUGUGGUAGUUCAAGCUAGGUCUCUGUGUUCAAAUUGUGGUUUGCCACAAGGGUGCAGCUCUUACCGGAUCUCUGUGUUCAGGUUACGGUAUGUCACAGGUUAUGUUCAAGCUGGUUCUCUGUGUUCAAAUUGUGGUUUGCCACAUGGGCGCAACUCUUGUCGGAUCUCUGUGUUCAGGUUACGGUAUGUCACAGGUUAUGUUCAAGCUGGGUCUCUGUGUUCAAAUUGUGGUUUGCCACAAGGGUGCAGCUCUUGCCGGAUCUCUGUGUUCAGGUUACGGUAUGUCACAGGUUAUGUUCAAGCUGGGUCUCUGUGUUCAAAUUGUGGUUUGCCACAAGUGUGCAGCUCUUGCCGGAUCUCUGUGUUCAUGUUACGGUAUGUCACAGGUUAUGUUCAAGCUGGGUCUCUGUGUUCAAAUUGUGGUUUGCCACAAGGGUGCAGCUCUUGCCGGAUCUCUGUGUUCAGGUUACGGUAUGUCACAGGUUAUGUUCAAGCUAGGUCUCUGUGUUCAAAUUGUGGUUUGCCACAAGGGUGCAGCUCUUGCCGGAUCUGUGUUCAGGUUACGGUAUGUCACAGGUUAUGUUCAAGCUAGGUAUCUGUGUUCAAAUUGUUGUUUAUCACAAGGGGGCAGUUCUAGCCGGAUAUCUGUGUUCAGGUUACAGUAUGUCACAGGUUAUGUUCAAGCUAGGUCUCUGUGUUCAAGUUAUGGAUUGCCGUCAGGUAACGAUAUGUCAAAGGGACAGUUCAAGCUGGGUCUCUGUAUUGAGGUUAUGGUGUGAUAUAGGGGUAUUCCAGCUGGGUCUCUUUGUUCAGGUUAUUGAAUGACACAGUGGCAGUUCAAGCUGGUUUUCUAAGUUCAGAUUAUGUUAUGACACAACGGCUUUUUUGCGAAGAAAACCUUCAGGAUAUUUAAACGGUUUAAGGCACAACCUGGUAAUUCCCACAUCAGCCGAGCGAUUUGUGCACAUUUGUUUAUAGUUGCCUUUAUGUGUAAUCUUUUAAAAAUAAAUGUAUUGUUUGUACAUAAUAUAUAAGCUGUCAAUAAAUAUUCAAUACAUUU